UUAUGAUGAUAUACAGUAGUAUUUUUUUUCCUCUAAAACUGUUUCAAAUGUCAACUCAUUUCUGGUAAUUUCCACACACUUGUCCGUACUUGCCUAUAUAAACAAACAUACACACCCUCAUAAAAAAUAUACCAGCGUUUCACAUUCACGCCCUUCAUAUCACAUAAUACACAAACUCUUGACCUUUGUCUAAUAACGAUCUAGGGGUGAGCAUAUAGUAAAACUUUCUGAUUCUGUUUACAUACAUGGCUGAUGAGUUUCAAGCUACGGCAGCAAUUUGCGGUAGCGGAGGCGGUGCUUGGUGGAGCUCGCCGAGAAGCGUUAUGUCUCCUUCGGAUCAUUUCUUGUCGCCUUAUUUCGGAGCUACAAUCACUUCCGAUGAUUUUGGCUGUCAAGAGAAUAAUAUCAAAUCUAGGAAUACUUGUACAGACAACAACAUCAUUUCUGGGCAGCGAGAGGCCGAUUCCGACAGUGGAGGAAGCACCGUGACGAUUGACUCGACGAUGCAAAUGAUGGGUCUAGGGUUUUCCUCGAACUCUUCUUCAGAUUGGAACCACACAAUUUUACAGGAAGACUUAAACUCAAGCUUCUUAAGGAGCUCACAAAAUCAUGGCCAAGGAUUCUCAUCGACAACUGCUUCACCUUAUCUUCUUAAUCCAGCUUGCUCUUCAACUUCUUCUUCCUCGAGCUUGUUACGAACCUUUUAUGAUCCCGAACCGAACCCGUACAGCUUCGUUUCCACCACUAGCUGCUCCUUAAACAACCCUCACGCCUCUUGGGCUAAUAAAAAGAUAAAUCCUAAUCAUCAAGUUUCUUAUGGACUAAUUAACAACUUCUCUGACAACACAAACUCUCUACCCUUUUGGAGUUCUUCAUUAACCACUAACUUAAAUAACACGACGCAUAACAGUUAUGUAACCACUCCGCUGAUAAUACCCCCUCGUGUUGACGAUAAAACCAAGAAGACAAGAGGCCAGAGUGAGUCUUUGAAGAGAGGAAAGUACAAUGAACCUGCGUCGAAGAAACAGAGAGUUACCACGCCUUCACCCUUGCCAAAUUUUAAGGUGAGAAAAGAGAACCUAAGGGACCAGAUUACUUCAUUGCAACAGCUGGUUUCACCUUUCGGAAAGACAGAUACCGCAUCGGUUCUCCAAGAAGCUAUAGAGUACAUCAAGUUCCUUCACGAUCAAGUCACUGUUCUAAGUACUCCAUACAUGAAACAAGGUGCCCCGAUCCAUCAACAACAGCAGGAUGGAAACGAUAAUCAAGAACUAAGAGCACACGGUCUAUGUCUCGUCCCGAUAUCAAGCACUUUUCCGGUGGCUAAUGAAACAACCGCCGAUUUUUGGACACCGACGUUUGGGGGAAACAAUUUCAGGUGAAUAAAGAGAGAGGGUUGUGGUUGUCAAGACGGAUCGGAACAUAUGCUAAAUUCAGCUUGCAAACUCUAAAGCAUGGAUAUAAUUUUAAUGUAUUUUCUUCUUCUUUUCUUGUCUUUUAAUCUUGUAUUUCGUAGGGAGUUUUAUUGCUGAAUUUAGCAGAUAUGGGUUGUUUUAUGUUGAAGAACCUUUUGUUCCUGUCCUUGUUCUUGAAUUUAUAUAUAGACAUAUUUUUGCC